UCCUGUUUAAACAACCAACCAUAGCCAUAAAUUAAUCAUUGUAUAAAUGAAAGAGAUUGAUAGAUAGAUAGAUAGAUCCCAAUUCGAAUUCAAUGCUAGGGUAAAUGAAUCCGUUGCCAUCUUCAUCUUCAUCUUCAUCAUCAUCUUCAUCCUCAUCUUCAUCGUCAUCUUGGUCUCGGUGUUCUUACUUCCAUCUCCAUAAGGCUGCUGCUGCUGCUGCUUCUUACAACCUCCUCUUCCCUAAUUAUCCUCAAAUCUUGUUCAUUUUAAUUCUUCUAUUCACCACCACAAUUCUUGGCUUGGUGUCCGUCGUCAUCAUCUUCCACAGAAGCAGUCAGUUACAGUUACAGUACUUGCAGCCAUCACCAUAUGAUGAUGAUAUUGGUCGUCUCACUCUGAACCAGUCUGGGCUAAAGCCAUUUGCCAUGGGAGUCGGAGAAGGUGAUUGUGAUGUGUUUGCAGGGAGGUGGGUUCGCGACAACCGACCGUUGUACUACGAAGAACAGGAGUGUCCUUACAUCCAACCGCAGCUCACCUGCCAACAACACGGCCGCCCUGAUAAAGACUACCAGCGCUGGCGAUGGCAGCCUCAUGCCUGUUAUCUUCCCAGUUUCAAUGCAACACUAAUGCUGGAAAGGCUUCGAGGCAAGCGAAUGAUGUUCGUUGGCGAUUCCCUCAACCGAGGCCAGUACGUCUCUUUGAUCUGCCUUCUCCACACGAUCAUCCCCAACAAUUCCAAGUCCAUUCAAAUUGGUUCUUCCACCACCGUCUUCAAGGCAAAGGAUUACAAUGCGACGAUCGAGUUCUACUGGGCGCCAUUCCUCCUUGAAUCCAACUCCGAUGACGCAUCGUCACACAGAAUAAAACUAAGUGAUAGAGUGGUUGUGAAAGGGUCGAUCAACAAGCAUGGGAAACACUGGAAAGGAGUUGAUAUAAUAGUCUUCAACACACACCUAUGGUGGAUGACUGGCCAACGCUUCAACGUAUUACUGAAAGGAUCCUUGGCGGAUCAAAACAAACGCCAUAUUGUCCGAAUCCCAAAGGAGGAAGCAUACCGCAUGGCAAUGAAAGGCAUGUCGCGAUGGAUCAACCAAAACAUGGAUCCCACCAAAACCCGAGUCUUUUUCACUUCUAUGUCACCUUCCCAUGCAAUCAAUGACUGGGGAGGAGAUGAUCAGAGAGGCAACUGCUACAACGAGACAAAUGUGAUCGAAGACCCGGCGUAUUGGGGAUCGGAUUCACGGAAAAGCGCUGGCAUAAUGCAAGUGAUAGAUGAGGUUUUGAAAAAGUCGAAAGUUUCCAUAACUUAUCUCAACAUCACAGCGCUGUCGGGGUACCGGAAAGACGCGCACACAUCAAUUUACAAGAAGCAGUGGAGGGCUUUAACACCAGAAGAGAUUGCCGAUCCAGUGAGCUAUGCAGAUUGUGUUCAUUGGUGUCUGCCAGGCCUUCAAGAUACAUGGAAUGAGCUCUUGUUUACCAAGCUCUUCUAUCCCUAAUUACUACUCCCUCCGUCCCAUAUAAUUUGUCCUUAUUUUUUAUUUUCGUCCGUCCGCAUAAUUUGUUUUUUCUUUUUUUUUUCGGAAAUAUUGAUUAUAUACUU